AUGUCUUCUCCAACUGCUAGCACUAUUUUAUCAUCUCCAAUGAUGUCAACUAUGAAUGAUAUUCCAACAGAUUUUCAAGCAUUUCAAACACGUACUAUUAUUAAAGAUUUUAGAUUAUCUGCUGAAUUGUUUGCAUCCAAUGGUGACGUUGUUCUAAUAUGCGGUAAAGAAAAACAAGAAAAACAAGGAAUAUUAUUAGUGGCGUAUGAGGUUCAAUCACGUAGUAGUGGAAGUGUGAGCAAUGAUUACACACCACCGUUAUCAUCGUCUGUUAGACUACUAAAAGUCGUUCGUAUAAAUAAAAAAACUGUGACACAGCUAGAAACGGUGCCAAUAAUUAAAUUAGCUUUAUUAUUGGGUGAUGGUGUUUUAUCUCUACUGCAUAUUGAUUCAUUUAUUGAAAUGGCAGCCGUACCGCUUACAAAUUUAACAUUAUUUUCAAGUUGGUAUGAUUCAACAAUACAACUCGAAAUAUUUUCAUCAGUUAGUAACAGUAACAAAUUGACAAAACCUAGUAUAUCAAUAGAUUCGCCCGAAGGUUUUACAAUUAUCGAUCAACCAUCGUUACCAAAUGUUUCAUUCGAACUUCGUCUUGCUGCUACUACUACAAGACGAAAAGCAUUAUUCUAUUCAUGGUAUCCACAACAAAAACGUCUAGUUGAAAAUAAAGAACCGAACAGAGGUGUUUUUGAAUUAUGGGAACAACCGAAAACGUUGGCGUUGAGUAAAGAAAAAAUGUGUGUUGGUUCCAGAAAAUCAUAUAUUAUAUGGAAUAUAGCAACAGGACAAAUGGAAAAUGAAAUUUUAUUAAGUAAUCAAACACCAUAUGAACCCAUAAUAAUACCGUUACAAGAACAUCGUGGUUGGUGUAUACAGGUCGAUUCAAACACAGUAUUUCUUGAUACAGAUUUUAGUCCAAUGUAUCAGGAGAGUGUAACAAUUUGGAAAGAAAUUCCAUCGUCAAUUGUUCAAUCAUCACCCUACAUUCUUGCAUUAAUGCCAAACUCAAUUGAUGUAUGUGCAUUUAUUCCACAAGGCAUAAAAUCAUCUUCAACAACAACUAGCAGCAAUGUUCAACGUUCAUCUCUAUCAUCACUUGUUCAAAGUAUUCCAUAUAAAAAUGUUAAAGGACAUUUAUGGAUGGAUUUAAAAAAUGAACGUAUUUAUGCAUCAACAGCCACCGAUGUUGUUCUUGUUGAACCGGUACCUGUACGUAUACAACUUCAAAAUUAUGCUGGAUUGUGUAAAUAUGAUUUAGCUCUGACAUUGAUCAAAGCUGUUCUAGGUAGUAACAACAAUAAUUUGCAAGGCGGUGAGCGUACAAAAGACGGCCAAUGUUGUGGAAAUAUUGAUCGAACAACUCUAUCUAAAGAAUUGUCGCUGAUCAAUAGUGAACAACCAAAAAAUAGUGAAAAAGAAGAAUUUAAUAUGGAAAAUUCUCCUCGACAAAGUCGUGCAGAUAGUCAAAAGGUAUCAUUGGACCAAUUUUUAUGGGAAGAAUAUUACAAAGUUGGUGUUAUGUAUGGUUUUCAAUUAUUUCAUCGUCAACAAUUUGAACAAUCAUUUGAACGAUUUAUUGAAUAUUUGGCUGAUCCAUGUGAAAUUAUUAUAUUAUUUCCAAAUAUGUCCGCAGAACGUUGGCUAUGUCAAUAUCACUUAUUUAAUCAAUUCGUUCAACAACAUAGACAUUUUUCACCACCAACUGAUUUACUCGGUGUUAAAUUAGAGAAUGCAUUAAAAGAAUUACAAAAUUAUUUAACACAUGUACGAUCUCUCUAUCUAAAAAUAUUAAGAUAUUUCAAUCAACAAAAACAACAGCAACAACAAUAUUGGAUUGAAGUUCAAUCAUUAAUGAAAAAUCAGUUUAUAUUAAAAAAUGUCAAAGAUUUAUUAGUAGUUGUUGAUACAGCAUUAUUAAAAUGUUAUUUAUUAGAUAAUAACAAUACACUUGUUAAUGCAUUAUUAAGAGUGGAUAAUAAUUGUUUACAAUCUGAAGUUGAAUAUGAAUUAAAAAAACAUCGAAAAUUACCAGAAUUAAUAUCAUUUUAUGAAAAAUAUGAUCGACAUCGAGAAGCACUCGAUCUUAUUAUUAAAAUGAAUCAAAAUAAUACAUCUAUAAUAAAUCAAUAUGAAUCAAUCAUAAAAUAUUUAAAAAAAUUAAAUAAUGAUUAUUUAUUGUUAAUAUUUGAAUAUAUUGAACCAAUAGUGAAAAUAGCAGUUAAUAACAAUGAUAAACAAUUAAAACAGGAGAUAUUAAAUGUAUUUAUAGAAGAUACUCAAGAUAUAUCAAAUAAUAGUAUUCGAUUACCAAUAACACCACAAAUUCGUUCAUCACUUGAUUGUUUAAAAAUAUGCGAAUUUUUAGAAGGGAUCAGCUACGAUUUCUAUCUUGUAUAUCUUGAUUAUAUUAAAUUAAGAGAUGAUAUUGGAAGUUAUAGACGAGAAAUACAUAAUCGAUGGAUUUAUGCCUAUUGUCAAUAUAUUAAACAAUUGUAUGAAAAAUUAAAACUAUUGACUAAACAACAUAAUGAACAAAAUAUUGACGAUAAUGAUCUAUCAACAUCUUUCAAUAGUAUAGUGGGAAUGAAAAAAAAUGACUCAGCAGAUCUAUCUAACAAUUUACUAACAUUAAGACGUCAAUUAAUCGCUUAUGAAGAUAAAGUGAAAACAUUUCUAUUAGAUCCUCAAUGUCAAUGUGAUUAUGAUAAACUGGAAGCCUAUUUUUUAAAAGAAAAUAAUGAUAACAAUAAUUUAUUUAGUUUAAAUUAUGGUAUUGUACUUGGUAAACUAUCAAAACAUGAACAAGCAUUAAAUAUAUUUAUUCAAAAUGGUUAUUAUACGGAUGCGGAAAAUUAUUGUGAACAAAUGUAUAAUGAAGGAGAUAUUAUUUUAGCACGAAAAUUAUAUCAAAAUUUAUUAGAAUGGUAUUUAAUGAAAACCGAUAAAGAACAUAAUGAAAAAACAAUUAUACGUAUUAUUAAUAAAGCAUCCGAACGUUUAGAUCCAAUAGAAACGUUAAAAAUUUUACCCGAUUGUUUCGAAUUAAAAAAUGUUCGACAUUUUUUAGAAGAAUCAUUACAAACAUGUUUAAAAACAAAACGUACAAAUCAAUUACAACGUAAUUUAUUAUUUUUACAAUUAUUACAGAUGCAAAAAACACGUAUUCAAAAUGAAUAUCAUUCAUUUACAAUAAAAAAUGAUACAAAAUGUGAUCAGUGUGAUUCACCAAUAUCAGCAAAACAAGUUAUUAUUCGAUUUCCACAAAAUCAUACUGUUCAUUUACAUUGUCGAACUAAAUAUGAGAAAAAAAUGAUGAAUAUUAAAACAUCUUAUAAAGAAGCUGUUCAACUUUGUUAUGUUAAAUGUUUGAAUGAUCCUGAAAAUGAUCCAUAUAAAUCAAAAUAUGAAGCAAAGAAAAUUUUUAAUUAUAUUAAAGAUCAACUAUUACUUAGUGAUAAACAAACAGUGUUCGAUGGUGAUAAUCCUCUAACCAAUGAAUUUGACGAUCUAGAUGUUAUCUAUGAUGAAACAACAAAUAUGCCUAAAAUAUUUAUGAUGAAAGACAAGAUGACAAGAUCUGAAACCAAUAUUUCAGCAUCAACAUUAGUUAAACACAAUUAUUUAAUUCGUCUAUUACUUCACUAUCAUAUUGCAACGAUUUACAAUGAUACGGAGGAAAAAAUGGAAGGAGAAAAAUAUUUAAAAGAUUUAUUAGUAAAUAUUGAAAAUGUUCAAUUUCAUCCAUAUUUUUGUUCAUUAAAUUUACAUGUUUUAAAUCAAUUAAUAUUAAUUCAAGCAUCAUACGAUAAAUAUGAUCAAGCAAUUUUAUAUGCUAGUCAAGCAGAACAUCUUUAUAAACAUUGGAUGACUGUUAAUCAAACAAAAUUUCCUUUAAGAUUAAAAGCAUUAAUAGAAAUAUCAAUAAAUGAUUCUAUUUCUGAGAAAAAACGUUGUCAUGAAUUUGAAUUGACUUAUACACAUACACUAUACUAUUUAGCUCAAGUUUAUGCAAAAUUAAAUGAAAAAGAACAGUCAGCAAAGUAUUGUCAAUUAACACUUGAAAGACAAUUACUCCAUCGUGAUGAUGAUAAUUUUAAUGCUGUUGAUUGGGCAACAAAUUCGGCAACAUUAUCACAAUAUUAUAUGGGUGCAGGCGAUUAUCCUACAGCUCGUCAUUGUCUUGUAUGUGCUGAUCUCAUACUAGAAGAAAUAAAAACUGAUGAAAAAGUGUUAGAAAGAUCGGCCAGCUUUAAACGUUGUUGGGGAAAAUAUGCCAUUAAUCUUUUAGCUGAUUCUACUCAACGUUUAUUACGUGCGGCUGAUAACGAUUUAAAUCCAAAUGAAAUUAUAUCUAAAAAAUUAGUUGAAUCAAAAUUUCGUUUUAAAAUGAAAAAAGAUAAUAUUGAAAAAUAUGAACAAGAAUAUAUUACAGCCAUCUAUGUUCUUGAUUAUGAACAAGCUCGUCAUGUAUUUUUAUUUGGAUUAAAUCAAUUAAAUAAAUCGAAAGAAUAUUAUGUUCUUGAUGGUUUUGUUUCUGAUUAUGUUGAAAUAUGUCAAGAUAUUAGUCAAUUAUAUAAUAAAUUAGUAUUUUUUGAGUCAGAUAUUGAACGACAAUGUAAAAUGCAUAAACGUCGUAUUGAUCUUCUAUCUCCAUUGUGUAAUGAAUUAAAUGAACAAUAUUAUUUACAUUGUGUAAGACAAUUAUUAUUUGAAUUAGGUGAAUGUUAUUCAACAAUACUUGAUUUAAAAUUAACAUUGUAUGAUCAAACACCAUCAAUACAUUUAACAAAAAAAAUUAAUCAAUUAGCUCAUAAUGGUAUUCAAAUAUUUGAACGUUUUCUAUUAACAAUGUACGAUAAAAAGACAAAACAAUUACCGGAAAAAUAUUCAGAUGAUUAUCUACGUUCAGCAAUUUUAGCACAUUUUUAUAUUGGACGAUUUUAUUCAAAAAUACAAAGUAUGAAUAAUUUACAAAAUCGUUUAAAUAAUUUAGAAAUAAAUUUAACAAAAUAUAAAUAUAUUGUUGACUAUUGUGAACGUUAUCCAGAUGCAAAACAAAUUGUAGAGAAUGAGUAUAAUGUAUGCAAAGAAAUGUGUGUAUUGUUACCAUGUAAAAUGGAUAAAUUAAGAGAGUCAUUAUCAUAG